AUGGAAACUUAUUCUGCCUCACCUGUUAUAUGUAACAGCACAACUUUUAACCUAAAUGGAUCCCAUUUGUGUAACGAAAGCAUCUCUUCUCGAUUAGCUGAUAAAUCAGAACACCAGCAAUAUGUUAUCAGUCUUUUCUUAUCAUGUCUUUACACAAUAUUUCUCUUUCCUAUCGGUUUCGUGGGGAACAUUCUGAUACUGGUGGUCAACAUCAGCUUUCGUGAAAAAAUGACUAUUCCAGACCUUUACUUCAUAAACCUUGCAGUAGCUGAUCUCAUUUUGGUGGCCGAUUCCCUGAUUGAGGUUUUCAAUCUUGACGAAAAGUAUUACGAUAUCACCAUUAUCUGCACCUUUAUGUCUUUGUUCCUUCAGAUCAACAUGUAUAGCAGCAUUUUCUUUCUGACAUGGAUGAGUUUUGACAGAUACAUAGCCCUGGCAAAAGUAAUGAGGUCCAACAUAUUUCGCACUAUGCAACACGCUAGGUUAAGCUGUGGGCUCAUAUGGAUGGCAUCAAUUUCUGCAGCACUGGUUCCAUUUACAGCCGUGCAUUUACAGCACACCGGAGAGGUCUAUUUUUGUUUUGCAGAUGUAAAAGAAAUCCAGUGGCUAGAAAUAACCCUGGGGUUUAUUAUCCCCUUUGUCAUCAUCGGGCUGUGUUACUCCUUAAUUGUCCGAGUUCUUAUCAAGGCACACAAGCACAGGAGCCUCCGGCUGCGGCGGCAAAAGGCUCUUCGGAUGAUUUUUGUGGUGGUUUUGGUUUUCUUUAUCUGCUGGCUACCUGAAAACGUCUUCAUUAGCGUUCAGCUUCUCCAAAAGAAGCCUGCCUCUUCAAGCAGCCCAUCCUUCAGACAUGAUUACCCCCUAACAGGACAUAUUGUGAACCUCGCAGCUUUUUCCAAUAGCUGCUUGAACCCUUUAAUUUACAGCUUUCUAGGGGAAACCUUCCGAGACAAACUGCGACUGUACAUUGAACAGAAAACAAAAAUGUCAACGUUACAUCGCUUUUGUCAGGCUGCCUUAACGUCUGUCAUCCCUGACAGCAAUGAGCAAUCAGAAGUCUGA